CAAUACAGCUAGUGAGCUAUAGUUGUUCGAUUUUUUGAAAACUGAAAUAAAUUUAGCACAAUGCUUGAACUAAAGUUUAUUUAUUCUAAGUGUAGAAAUAUAUGUAGCUUUUGAAGAAUACAAACGGACAUCUUAGAACAAAACGUUAGAAUGAAACAGUGUGAUUUAAUUUAAGGGCAUAAGGAGAAAAGGAUACUUAACGUAGUGAAAAUUAUAUUUACAACACUUAUAAGACAGCCAAUGGAUUUUGUGUGAAUUCUACAUCCGAGGAUUGAAACAUAUUUAUCAGACUGAAAAACCAGAAUGGAAAAGAAAAGUGUGUUAUUUGAGAAUGAAAUCUUUAAACAAAUUCAUGCAAUUUCGGCCCAAAUGUGCUAUGAAGAGGUCAUAUCAAAACCAGCGCCACCUGAUGGUAAAUUAUAUUGUUUUCCAAAACAUGACGAUUUUCUGGGCUGUUGGAAUUACACAGAAGCAGGAACGAAGGCGUCAUUGCCGUGUCCCGAGAUCCCCGGAUUUCAUAAAUCACAAAAAGUCUUUUUUGACUGCACUGACAACGGAACGUGGUACGUCAACCCUAACACGGGAAGAGAAUACGCUGACUAUUCCAGAUGUAGAAACUACGAAAAUGCCGUAAAGGAGCUGGAGAACGACGUCAUUCAUAUUUACGUCACAAUAGCUUUGUUCUGUCUCUCGUUUGUCCUGAUUUCAAUCUCUCUAGUUAUAUUUUUCAAAUUCAGACAGCUACGAUGUGACAGAAUCACCAUACAUAAGAAUUUGUUUAUUUCCUAUCUGAUAACAGAUCUGUUUUAUGUGGUAUAUCUAUCUGUUAUUAAUUUCUCGGAGGAUGUCGUCCUUCACAAUCCGGACUGGUGUCAAGUUCUUCAUGUUGUCACGCAAUAUGCAAUCGUCUGCAACUUUGCCUGGAUGUUCUGUGAAGGACUAUAUCUUCACACAGUUAUGAUGAGCGCAUUCACAUCCGGAAAAUCUGUUAUUAUUGCGUGUCUAGUGAUUGGUUGGUGUGUCCCUAUUCCUUUAACAAUCAUUUAUGCAGCUGUCAGAACCUCCUUGAAUGACAACACAAUAGCAUGUUGGAGUGGUGAGAGUAGUUUUCUCUGGAUCAUAUAUGCUCCGGUAGUACUCUCCAUGUCGAUAAAUGUGAUUUUUGUUGUGAACAUAAUGCGUUUACUUAUAACAAAGCUGAGACAAAUACCGGAAGCUGCACAGACACGGAAAGCAGUACGGGCUACGGCCAUUUUGAUUCCUUUGCUAGGAUUACAAUUCCUAAUUUUUAUCAAGCGCCCAGAGGAUAAGGAAUCUACACUUUAUGUUGUUUACCAGUAUGGCUUGGCUAUAUUCGUUCCAUUGCAGGGUGCGUUCGUAUCCAUAAUGUACUGUUUCUGCAAUGGAGAGGUUCAUUCACUACUAAAACGAAAAUGGAGUCAACAUAAUACGAAGAUUCCAGGGAGACAGAAGCGUUCACAGUCAACAAUGGUGUCCAAUACAACCUAUUCACUUGUUGAUCAGAUGUUACAAGUUCAGACUUCUGCUACGUAAUCACAACAGAUGAUGUCAUCAAUAACUUCCUUCCAUAUACCUUUUAUUUGUUAAAAAAUGCAGCGAACUUGGGGUGUAUUAACAUAAGGGCAUGUUAUCUGUAUUUAUAGGUCGAAGAACUUGAAAAUGAUUUUAAUAUAUGAUACACUGUAUAUCGUAUCUCGAGUUAAUUUUGUUGUAAACUGUAAAAUAACGUAAAAUAAA